AUGCCUGUGCCACCGCCAGCACCGCCGCCCGCCGCCGCCGCCGCCGCCUCGUCCGCCGCCGGCACUGCUCCACCUCCUCGCCUGCCCCCACCAGCUUGGCGACGCCCCUCGACCGCCAGCCCAUCCCCGCCCCCGAUGCCCUCGAGCGCGUCCAUCCUCCGCGGCCGCGCCCUCGCCAAGGUCAGCGGCCUCGCCGCCCGCGCCCAGGCCAACGUUGCCCCUCGCCUCGAGUCGGCCGCCGGCGCCGCAGCGGGCAAGCUCGCUUCGCUCCGCGACGCCUACGCCGCCCGCGACGAGCGCGAGCAAGAGCGUGAGCGUUCCCUCGCCGAGGGCAGCACCAGCUCGCGCGACCGCAGCGCCGCGAGGAGCGCGUGGGACGCCCCUGUCGAGCCCAAGGUGCUCACCACGCCAAAGAAGGCGCUCGACAAGGCGCGCAGGGUCGGCGACGGCAUCGGCGAGCUGCCGGCGUUCGCGGCGGCGGUCCACGCCGGCGCAGGAGCCGGCGGAGGGUUGUUGAGCAGCGUGCCGCCGAGCCCGAACGAGUCGCGCUCGAGCAGGUGGGGGGGCAUCGUCGGGAGCUACUUCAGCACCUACGCGCCGAGCGUCGCGUCGUCGGCGGGAGAAGGAGGAGCGGCGGCCGCCAAGGGCAAGGGCAAGGCGCUCGCGUUCGAGGAGGUCGACGAGGACAAGGUCGUGUGCUUCCCCGGCUACGCCACACUCCAACCCGCACCGCACGACGCGUCCGAGCCCGCCCUCGUCCUCGACGUCCUGACGUCCGGCUACGCCUACCGCCAGCGCCCGCUCUCGCAAGCCUCGCGCUCGCAGCGCAUCUUCUACGCCCUCGCCAAGUCGUUCGCGGCGCUGCCCAAGAUCCCGGCGGCGGCGGCGACCGAGGCCGGCCUCGACCCGAUGGUCGAGGGGAGCCAGAGCGUCGACAGCCUCGACUCGUCGCUGCGAGACGUCGCGCUCAAGGACGGCGACGUCUUUGAGCAGCUCCUCGAGGUCGGCGGGCGCGACGGCGACAAGGACGCGACGGCCGAGCUCGCCGUCGCGACCGCAGACGUCGUCGUCAACGCGCCGCCGGUGAGCGAGCCCGAGGAAAUGUCGCUCGAGGAGCAGAUGCGCAGUCCGACGGCGCACGACUUUGCUUCGAGCGAGUCCAAGCCGCACUCGCCGGCGCCGAACCCGAAACCGCCGCACCUGCAUCGACCGCCUGUCCACGCCGCGACGGCGCCGUCGCCGGCCCUGUCGCGCUCGCCCGAGGACGAGAAGAUCAUUGACCGCCCUGCCGCCCUCAAUCGCCGUCCUCACGUGCGCGUCGACAUCCCGACCAAGCGCAGCGCCGCCAGCAUCGCCGCCGCGCUGCGCUCGCCGUCCAUCCCUUCCUCGCCGACCGCCUCGGCGACGCCUCGCUCGCCCGGGCUCCGCAACCUCCCGUUCAACUUCUCGUCGUCCAAGUCGCGCGACGCGGCCAAGGGCGACAAGGGCACGCCGUCGCACUCGCGCGCGCCGUCGACCGCGUCGUCUCGAGCGUCGUCGCGCGUGUCGUCCCGCGCCUCGUCGCCCGUCCGCGCCAGCACCGCCCUCUCGGCCUCGACCUCGUCGACGAGCCUCCCUCCCGAGACGUGGCCCGAGCCGUUCACCAUCACGUCGUCGACCAACCUCCCUCGCCUCCACACCAACUUCCACGCUCGCCUCCUCCCCUUCUUCGGCCAGAAGCUGCCCGGCCGCAAGGUCCGCCUCUCGGUCUACCCGGCCCUCGCGUCGGGCCAGCUGUGGGACGGCGCACUCGCGACCAAGGUCGUCAGCACGAGCGCGGCCGGCGCCGGGUGGCGCACGGUCCUCCAGGUGCGAGGGCCGGCCCUCAAGCGGUACCUCGAGGUGGUCGGCUCGGCGGGAGCGGCCGGCGGUGCGGGCGCAGGAGCAGGAGCAGGCGCAGGUGCGGGCGGCGCCGGCGGGCUCGACGCCCUGCGCGUCCGGGUCACGGCCGAGUUGCUCGAGGCGGACGGGGCGAGCGCCGUCGACUCGUGGCCGGCGGGCGUCGGCGAGGGUGCGGGCCCGAACCUCGCCGGGUACGCGCAGGCGCGCACGACGGCCGAGGACGAGUGCGAGAUCGGCGUCGCGAUCCAGGGCGAGGGAGGAGCAGGAGGCGGCGUCCGCGUCGUGAGCGACGUCGACGACACGAUCAAGUGGACCGAGGUCGUCAAGGGCACGAGGACCAUCUUCCGCAACGUGUUUGUCCGCGAGCUGCACGACAUCCGCGUGCCCGGUAUGGCGUCGUGGUACCAGGCCAUGUCGAAGGAGGGCGCCCACUUCCACUACGUGUCGAACAGCCCUCUCGAGCUGUGGCCCGUCCUGCGCGCCUUUCUCGCCCUGUCGGGCUUUCCGUCGGGCAGCUGUACGCUCAAGGAGUACGGCGGCGCGACGUCGGCGCUCGCCAAGCUGUGGGAGGAGCCCGGCCAGCGCAAGCGCGCCAACGUCGAGACGAUCCUCAAGGAGUUCCCCGAGUCGCAGUUUGUCCUCGUCGGCGACUCGGGCGAGCAGGACCUCGAGCUGUACGUCUCGCUCGCGCAGCAGUACCCGCGCAACAUCCUCGCCAUCUACAUCCGCGACGUCACGACGCCCUUUACGCCGCCUCGAGCGCCCUCGGCCGCGUCGUCCGUCUCGUCCAAGUCGGGCCGUCCACCUGCACCGCCACCCGAGGUCAGCUGGGGCCACUCGCACUCGGCGUCCGACCUUGCGUCGCUCGUCGAGGAGCAGCAGCGCGGUCGCGCCGAGGACGAGCCGGCGCCGGCGCCGUUCAGCGACAUGCCCGACCUGCCCGGCCAGUUCGACGGCUCGCACGAGCGGCCCGUCCUGCCGCACCGCCGCAGCGGCAGCGAAGCGACCGUCACCUCGUCGGCGUCGACGACGGCCGCCUCGACCAAGCGCGCGCCGCCGGUCCCGCCUCGGCCCACGCUCGGCGGCCGCACGCACUCGUCGCCGCGAGGACGCGGCAUGGGCAAAUCGCCGUCAACGUCGGCCUCGUCGUCGCGCGCGUCGUCACCGACUCGCGCUUCGACCCUGUCGCUCGACACGACGGGCGACUUUCUCGCCGACAACGACGAGUUUGCCGACGCCCUGUCGCCCAACAACCCGCUGCGGCCGAGUCCGCCCCUGAGCCGGGCCGAGCUCGGGAGCCAGGCGGCCGUCGAGGCGUUCUACCGCCGCGUCGCCGACGCCGAGAGGACGCUGCCCGACGGCAUCGUCCUCAGGCUCUUCCGCCACGGCAACGAGUGCGCCAAGGAGGGCGUCGAGCUCGUCAAGCAAGGGAGGAAGCGCUGAGGCGCCUCGCUCCCCUUCCGGCCUCUUUCUCUCGUCCCUCUGUCCCAUAGCCGUUACUGUAGACCCUCUCCGUACAUGUAGACCCCUUCCUUUCGCAAUCUCUACUCGCAGUUGGACUCUC